UUGGCAGCCUUAGUAUCAAUUAAACAAAAUAUGGCCGUUUUCCCCGUUAAGAUCAACCAAAGCGAGAACAAGUAAUUUUAUUAACGCUUCUUAAAAUCAGACACCAUCUCGAGAAGAAAUUGAUUAAAUCCCAGUAUUUAUCAACUGCAGUCUAUUUUGCUAUUGUUUUUUACUUGAAUUGCUUAAAUAUACUUGGAAGAUAUUUUGUGCGCCGACGUAUUAUCUCUUCAAACAUCACUGCAAUAUUUCCUCAAUACGACGUCCACGAUUUUAUUAUUUAUUUACCAUUCUCUAUCACAAAUAUAUCUAGAGAAGGCAAAUUCUUCAAAAAAUAAAAAUUGAAAGCCUCGUUUUCAACAGUUCUUCAAGAUUAAGUUGCAAGUUGAUAUAAUGGCUACUACCAACACGGACACUGGUGACACCACACUUCUUGCGUCAACAACAGAAAUGCAAGGCGGUGAAGCAGAUUCUUUGAAUGUGUUGGCCCCACGGGAAGCACUUAUAACGACUGCUGUAAACUUUUUACAAAAUGCUAAAGUACGGCACACAACUCUCAUGCAAAAGCGGCAAUUUUUACACUCAAAAGGCUUAACUCAUGAAGAAAUAGAACUUGCUUGCCAGCGUGCUGGUAUUUUUACGAGUGAUGCUAAAAUGCUGCCUCAGGUGAUAAAUAUGGGUAUCAGUAGUUCGGCGCAUCCGCAGUUGUCUUUACAGCCAAGACAAACCGCUUACGGUCGCAUCAAAGAAGUAUUGCACAACUUAGCACUCCUUGGUGGUGUAGCAUACGCAAUUUACUUGUUUUGGAAGAAAUAUGUAGAACCAUACAUUUUUGGCAAGAAAAAGAAGCCAGUUGAGGAUGCGCUUGAAGAUAUCGACAAAAAGGUCGAUUCACGCCUGGACGAGGUGACUGUAGAACUCAGUAGAAUUAAGGAACAGCUACAAGACCAGCAGCGCGAACAACGUCAGAGACUAAACCAAGAAUUCAAUAUUUUUCGAAGUGAUUUAGAUGCUAUAAAAGGAUUACUACUCAAUCGCAAACAAUUUGCCGUUCCCCUAGCUGCCGGCCCGCCCUCAAUACCAGCUUGGCAGCUGGCUGCCACUCCACAUCACCAUCACACACGACUUUCACAAUCAGAUGAUAACGAAAAAGUAGAUGAUGCUGGCUCCGGUUCGGGUUCAUCCGAAACAGAAGUAGUCACAAAAAAUAGUGAUUCCAGUUUAGAAAUGAUGUAGAAGUAUGCAUUCUUCUACACUUUUUGCUGCUGCUUUGUGGAAGAAGUGCAUCAGUAACACAUAUACCCCCAAGCUUAUGUGAAUAAGAUUAAGUUAAAAAGAUAAAAGCACUGUGUCAAAAUUAAUCACACACAUCUCAAUGACCAUAUAUGUACAUAUUUACGUACAUGGGCGUGUAUGUAUGCAUUUACAUUGGAUAAUGUUGCAAUCCAAUAAAGAAGCCUAUGAAGAUUAAAAUAUUUUUAAGGUAUUGCUCAAGCCAUGUUUUGCAGACGACGUUUCUUAGUACUAAAACUGCUUCAGCAACGUGCACAGUAUAUACAUAUAUAUUUGUGUACAUAUAAUAAUGAACGCAAACUAUUUCAGGAGAAAAUGUGAUGUAAAUCAGCGCGAUAUCGUAGUAUCAUUUAUAUAACGCUUUCAAUGGCUAUGGUUUAAAAUUGGAAGGAUGCCAAGAUCGUCGUCUAUACUUUCUCAAACAACACCUAUUUAUAUAUAGUGAAAUAAAGAAAUAACUUGUUUCCAGCGAUCACAAGCUAUUAGCUGCAAUUAUACAUAUUUCAUUUGUAAUUAGCAAACGAAUUGGAGAAUUGGACUUUUUUUAUGAUAUAUCUAUUCAUUGGUUUUAUUAAAGGCAGCAAAACAGUCAUUAGCUUAUAUUAUAGUUUCACGUAAAGAGUACGGUUUUAAGCGCAUUUUCAACUUAAUAAACUAGUGAUUGUAAGGUUAAAAAGCUCUAA